AAACACACCAUCACUCUCCUGAGCAACCAGCUACAGUUACAACGACAGUAUCUUUUCUUGGCGCUACUCACAGCUCGAUUUGUAAACCAUGGCGUCCCAGGCCAUCGAGAGCCACCGUGCCGGUGCAGAGAUUGUCACUGGGGAUGCCGCAUGCAGGAAGAAGUCCGUUGAACUGCUGGAGGAGCUCGGCCUCCCCAAGGGCCUGCUUCCAAUGGAGGACAUUCAGGAGUUUGGGUACAACCGUGUUACGGGUUUCUUGUGGUUGGUGCAGAGGAAGAAGAAGGUAGAGCACACCUUCAAGAAGAUCAAGCAGACGGUGUCAUAUGCCACUGAGGUCACGGCAAUCGCCGAGAAGGGCAAGCUAGGGAAGAUCACCGGCGUCAAGACCAAGGAGCUGAUGCUCUGGCUCAGCGUUGUCGAGGUGUAUGUUCCUGAGGCCUCACCGGAGAAGGUCACUUUCAAGACCGGUACCGGCCUCUCCGACACCUUUGAUGCCACUGCCUUUGCAUUUGGAGAGUAAUCAGGCAAUGUAAUCAGCAAAUUGGGUUGGUUCAGCUUUGGAACAUAUAUAUGCCAAUCAAGCCAUGUUAUGUCGGUUCAAGUUCAAGUACGUUUGUAUUUUUGAAUAUAUUUGUCUUUUGUUUGUAUAAACGGAAACAUGUAUGACGGAUGCAUCGUGUGCCAAAGAGUGUUCGGCCUAUUAAUAAAGUGACAAAAUUUU